AUGGCCUCGACCGCCAAUAUCCCUUACCGGAAACUGAAAUAUGACACAUCAUCGCUCGAUAAAAAGCACGAAAAUCGUUACUAUAACACCUUUCUGGAAAAGGUUAUCCGUAGGUCGAGAAGCUCGAGGCUCGGAAAACUCCGAACCAAGCGAAAGCAGAGGCUCAAGAUCCCGAGCCUAAGGAGAUUCCUGAGGCGAAAAGCCCGUGUUUUGAAGUUUGCUUGGAAGAAAGUCUGCAAGAGAUUAAAGGAAAGUCAGUCACAUUUUGGAGAUCUUUUUGGUGGGAACUAUUUGUUCAUGCAGGUCACUCCAACUCCAUUACAGCAUGCUAAUUAUCAUGUUAAGGAAAAUCAGCUUCCUAAUCCUGGGUUUUGUUCGAUUCCUAGGAUUAAUUAA